AUGGGAUUGCACAAUGCGCCCAAAAGACCGAUACAGGCUGGACACGAUGACCCUCAGAUUGGCGCUUCAGCAUCGGCAUCAACACCCAACGCUUCCUCGAAGCCUUCCGCAUCCGAUCCAAUCGCCCCGAGCACUGCCACGCAGUCUACCGACUUUACCUCCCAUCCACCUCCCGCAGCGCCUUUGGCCACUCCGCACGAUCGACAGCGGCCCGAGGCGAACUUUGCGCCUGGGCUGCAAAGAGGAGACUUUGGCGAUUCGGUCAGCAGAAAGGCUGCCGAGGCGGAUAAGCAGCCUUUGCCCUUUCUAGCUACUGCGCUGGGUGUGCUGAAGAGGCCCUCGACUGCGCCGCUCACGAGGGAGGAGAAGAGGGAGCGCUUUGUGGAUCAGGAUCGCAGGAUGGCCAAGCGGCGAGCCAUGUGAGUAGAGUGCUCGCUGCAGCAAAGGCGAACAGGAGUGCACUGCACUGCACUGCAGCGCCCAAGUGGUCCCUCAUACAUGCUCGCUCAUCCAAGAAUCCCGCUCUUGUGGACUCGCUUCACAGUGUCAAGGAAGCUACGAGAGGCUACUUUAACGACUUUCAUGCCACACGGUCUCACGGAGGCAAGACGUGGAGAGCACCUGGCACGAUGAUCAAGCAUGAUGUGAGUGCACGAACAAAAUGGACGGAAUGACGGCGCGUGCGCAUGCGCAUGGACAUCGAGAAAGGGCAACGCGUUGCAAGAGCACUCUGGAGAGCGACCCGUCGCCCUCUCUCAGCUCCUUGAAACUUCGCCUCCUCCUGCGCGACUCACCCCGCUUCUUUCGUCCCCUUUCUUGACCUUUCCCCUUCAGCGCUCACUCUACUUUCCCGGUAUAUCGGGCACAUGCCUGGCAGACAGGUCUACAAAGUCGACGACGGACAUGCUUCAGGGCAAAGUGUCCAUCGUCUCACUCAUCAGCAGCACCAUUUCCGAACAACACACCAAGAGCUUCAACAGCGAGACUCUGCAAGUUUACGAGAAUCACCCGAGCUUUCAGCUGGUGCAGGUGAGCGGGCUUGGUGUUGGAGCAGGGCGAAACAAGCUUGCCACGUGCUAGGCCAGGCUUGGUGCAGCUACAUCUAGUCUACCGCCCUUUGUCGCUGCGCAUGGAUGCUGACCGCUGAGCGCUCAUCUCUAUCCCGGCGAGCACAGGUGAAUUUGCAAGAGAAUGCCUUGAAGAUGUACCUCGUCUCCCUCUUCUUGUCCAACCUGCGCCGACAGACGCCAGCCUCGCAGCACGGCUCCUACAUCUUGUCUCGUCAGAACAUGGAGCUGGAGAGGGAUGCGAUGGGUCUGCACAACAAGCACGUCGGCUACACCUACCUCGUCGGACCGGAUCUCAAGAUACGCUGGGCUGGCUGCGGCUUUGCGGAGGAGGAGGAGAGCAGAGCGCUUUUGAAUUGCACUGCAGUGUUGCUGAGAAGAGCUGAGGAGGCGAAGAAGGAGAAGGCCUCUGCGUAA